GGAAGCACCAUUUGCAGAGCACAUGGGGGCACCUGAGAGCCCCCUGGGCACAGGCUGUGGCACAGUAGCCCCCACAGUGCCAGCAGGAAGUUGCUUGCUCGUGUACUGCGGGGAAAGCAGAGCACAGGGGCUGCCGCGGGGCAUUCCCAGCCCAGGGGCAGCACACCCACGCGGCUUUGGGGCGGAGGGCCGCGGCUUCAGCCGUUCAGCACCACUGUCCACACAUUUCCAGGUGACCUUGGCAGCGCUGUGCCUGGCAGCCAGCGAAUUGCAGCCCCCAGGGUGGCGGGACCGCGCCGUGCUGCGAAGGCAGCAGGUCCUGGUGCAGCCAAUCCUCCGCCUGCGGAGACAUACUGACAGACGCCCGUGCCCUGAUGGCAUGAACUGGAUCGAGGCUACUCGCCAGUGCUGCUCUCAGUGUCCCGCAGGGACAUUCAUGUCCGAGCCCUGCACAAGCGUGAAGCACAGAGAGUGCCGCCCCUGUCCCGCCGGCACCUUCCGCACCCAGCCCAACACCCUCAGGAAGUGCCAGGCUUGCUACGAGUGUGACCGACAAGCUUUCCAGAGUGUGCUGAGCAACUGCUCGGCCACCAGCAACAUCGCCUGUGGCUGUGAGCCUGGCCGAUUCCGUGUCUGCCUUGACAAGCAGUGCAGCGAAUUCUCUUGUCAGAAAUGCCAGUCCUGCACUGGACGCCUCAUCCAGCGACCCUGCUCGGAGGCACAGGACACACUUUGCGACAGCAGCUGCAAGCCUGACUUCUACAGAGAAGGUGACGAAUGCCGGCCAUGUCAUAUGAGCACCCAGGACACGUGUGGCAAAGAGUGCCAGCAAGUGUGUGGCAGCAACAACAACCAAGGCUCAGGUCUGGAGUACAUCCUGCUGGGACUCACCGGGCCUCUCUUCCUGGGUGCCCUUGCCAUCUACCACAAGAGGAAGAGGUUCUGGCAUGAUGUCCUGGCAGGUGGUCCCCACCCCACAGCACAGGCAGCCACCUCAGUGGCCGGGGCUGCAGGCACACCAUGCUGCCAGUUCAAUGCCCAGAGGUGGCACAACCUGUGCUGGACCCAGCCAUGCUCCCCGCAGGGGACAGAGCGUGCCGCAGGCACAGCAAAGCAGAGCCCCAAACACCCCUUGCUGCCUGAGCCACCCAGUGAUGAAGGGGAGCCCUCUGCACCCCUGGAGCCCCGCGGUGCCUUGCUGCAGGGCAGCCAACUCUAUGCCGUCAUCGAUGUGGUGCCAGUACGGCGUUGGAAGGAGUUCAUGCGGAUGCUGGAGCUGCGGGAGGCAGAGAUUGAGCUGGUAGAGCUGGAGGUGGCCCACAUCCGUGACCAGCAGUACGAGAUGCUGAAGCGCUGGUGCCAGCAGACCAGUGCCACGCUGGACCACGUCUUUGCCGCCCUGGAGCGCAUGGAGCUGGCUGGCUGUGCUGAGGCACUGCGCCAGAGUCUGCCCCUGGGACCCUGAUUCCCAGCGUCAGCACCCUGGCACAGGGAGGUCCCAACACCUCCACAUCUCACUGGGCACCUCAUCCCAGCCACACCCCUAAGUAUUGUUACUUAUGCCGUGUAGACAUUUUAUGUCAGUUUUAUGUCCCCUUCCCACCUGCCUGUUCCCUCUAUUUAUGUCCUCCUGCUCCCAGGGCCGGGGAGGACCCCAUGCCCCAGCAUGUUGGUUGCCCAGCCACUUGCGGGACGAGCAGGCACCGAGCCCACCACGAACCCAUGGGAUAGUUCUCAAGGCUGCCCGCUGCCGGGCGCUCCUUCCCCCUCCCCAAUAAAGUGGUGUGUUCUCCA